UGGAGCAAGAGAAACCAUACUAAAUAAAUAAAUAAGAAAUAAAUAUUCCGCAGGCGGAAAACGUAUAGUCGAGUCUGUAAGGUGAAAAGAGGAAAAGAAGGGAGGAUUUACAUCUAAAAUAUCCAAAUAUAAUUUGUGCUCUACUCGUCGCCCGAAGAGGAAGGAGAAAGGGAGUAGAGGGAGCCGGAUGGAGGGCAAGACAACAAUCUCGAAUGGGAGAAACGGGGAGAUGAUCUAGGUUUCCGGUGGAUCGGGCUUCGAUCGAAGGAUCUUGCGGCGACGGAGAUCAAUCUGCGGCGACGGAGAUCAAUCAGCGGCGAAUUUAGGGUUUUCUUGAUUAUUUGCUUAGUGUGCUUUGAUCGGGUGGAUGCUCUUCGUGGGAAGUGGUAAUGAGGGGAGGAGGCGAUCAGUGUUAGGGCUGGAAGGGAGGGGAAGAGGAAGGAGAAGGACGAUGGAGGGGAACGAGCUUGAGGAAGGGGAGGCGUGCUAUGGGCUGGAGGAUGACAUCGACCCCGAUGAUUUAUCUUACAUCGACGAAAAACUCCAACAUGUAUUAGGGCACUGCCAGAAAGAGUUUGAAGGUGUUGUGUCCGCAGAGACCUUGGGAGCCAAGUUCGGGGCUUAUGGCUCAUUUCUGCCGGCAUAUCAGCGCUCUCCUCCAAUUUUGUUGUCACAACCUAAGAGCCCCGCUAAGGAGCCAGCCCACAACUUGUCAAGGUCACCGUACAAUUCACAACCUGAGUUGUCAUGUCAGAAUGCUUCUUUUCCUGCAAAUGCAUCUAUCCCUGAGGCCAACAAUGCAUAUAGAGUGCAACCAAUUGAGAAAUCAUGCAAAAAGGACACCUGCAUUAACUCAUGCAGUACAGAAGGUAUUACUCAGUAUGAGUCUGCUAAACAGACAAUGGAUAUUAGAGAUCCUAAGUCACUCAAGGUGCGCAUUAAGGUUGGACCUGACACUGUCUCAACCAUAAAUAAGCCUGAAAUUUACAGUGAUUUGGGGCUUGAUGUUUCACCAUCUCCAUCCCAUGAGGAUAGUCUAGGUGGAAGUAGGGAGCUUUCUUCUGAAUCUCCUAAUACCUUUUGUGAAUCACCGUCCACCAUUCUUCAGAUCAUGACAUCCUUUCCAGUUCCAGGAGGUUAUUUGCUUUCACCUCUAUCAGCGACUCCACUUCAUUUACUUGAGAAAGAAGACACGUCUAUAGAAAAAUUCAAGAGAAGCAUGCCAUGCAAAGCUGCGGUUGACAAUUGCACCGCUUCAUCUGACACAUCUCUGCAUGCAAAAGAUGUUAGAGACUUCCCGUCCAAGGAAAAAAAAUCAAGAGAGAAGUGUCAGAAGUUAGUGCAAGCACAUGUGCUGACCUGCGAGAAUGUCAUAACUAUGUCCUCGAAGAAUGAAAUCGGAAGCAAAACAGCAGCAGCACAAAAAAAUGUUUUGACUGGCCAAGAUAUGGUGUUGUCAUCCAGUGCUCCGUCUGCAGAUGCAAACGAGGAGACAGACGUGGGUGGUAAUUCCAUAAAGGAAUGUAGUAAAAUGUUUGAUAUUCAUAAUGAGCCAAAGAAGAUACUAAAGAUGGAUGGAGCUCAUGCACUUGAUUUAAGAAAAGAUAACCACUUAGAUUUCACUGAUAACAUGGGAAUGGAUGACAAUUUAGAUAAGGAAACCAUUCCAUCGAAGGGAAAGACGGAUGCAAAAUCUCAUUUUACAGAGAAAGCAUUUGGAGAAGCGAAUGGUAAAUUUGUCAUUUGCAACAAAAGCAAGGGAAAAUCGCAGAAAAAUCCUGCUAGAAAGAGAGCUGAUUCUGAUAUAUAUAAGAUGAGGAAGGACUAUAAUGCUGGUUUUGAGGAACAUGUAAGAGAGCAAGCUGCACAAAAAACUUGUUUGAGUGAAAAAACUGUUUUCAAGGUAGUGCAAUCCAAGGACCAAACAUUUGAGGGUGGAAAAAUUAUAAAGGGAACUCAAAAUAAUGAGCCAAACAAGGAAAAAAAGAGCACUGUACUUUCUGGAGCACCUAAAGGAAUAAAGAAAAUGUCCCAUCUGAAAGGUUCACAUUUAGAAACCAUGUCUAAAAUGUCCAAGCCACCAAAGGAGUUGAGCAAAGGUCAAAAUAUUGAAUCUCAAAGUGAACUUUUGAUGAAUGCUCAAGCUCAACAAGUUGACCACGUGAGACACUUUCUAGGUUCCUCAAGGUCUACUGAAAAAUCUAAUGAAAAAUCUGAAGUCAACAAGGUUCAAAAUUUUCCUAGUGCUGAACUUGCUAAUGAUGCACCCGCUCCCAUUAAUGAUGGUGUACCAAAUAAUAAUUUAGUUCCUGCUUCUCCUGCUUUAGUUCUUAUAGAGGAUAAUUGGGUAUGUUGUGACUUGUGCCAACAAUGGCGCCUUCUACCAUAUGGAACCAAUACAGAAAGCCUUCCAAAGAAAUGGCAAUGUAGCAUGCAAGUUUGGCUGCCAGGAUUGAACAGUUGCAAUGUCAGUCAAGAUGAAACAACAAAAGCUUUCCAUGAACUUUAUCAAUUUCCUGCUCCUGGGAGUGAACCCAAUUUGGCUGGCCAUCUUGCUGCAUCAAGCGUAACUUCAGCUGACACCCAGAAUCCAGGUAGAGGACUGGAAAUUUUUUUGAAAAAGCAUGGUUCAAUGGAUGCAACAGAUUUGCCAAUUGAGUCAGCUUUGACAUACUUACCAAAUUCUUCGAAGAAUAUUUUUGUAUCUUCUGGGUAUAAAGACUUCAAUGAUGCAGGCUAUUGUAUGGGAAUGGCCUCCUUGAUCAAGCCUAAACCAGCGUUGAAAGGCAGAUCUGUCGAUAUUGCAGCAGAAAAACGCAUCCACAAACAGAAGGAGAAACUUAAAACAGAGCCAUCUUUUAAAGUUGGAGGUGAUUCAGCUGAAAGAUUGGGUAAAUAUUCAAAGCCCAUGAACAAAAGAGGAGCUGAUGUAGAUGGUCAUAGACUAUCCAAAAAAUUUAAAAAAGAUGCCUCGUACCAUUCUACAAAGGAUGUACAUUCUAGUGUUGAUAUGUCAAGUAAAAUUGUUAUCAAUGGGGAUACUGAAUUUUUGACAAAAGUUCCUAGGAAUACAUCACAAAAUUACAGCGAUCAUUUUCCUUCCAAGGGUUCGAAGCCUAAAUCUGCAUCAUCCAGAAAAUCAAUGGAGCAAGUUAAUUCUUUUAAUGGGAAACAUAUGGAAAUUUCUAGUGCAUCAGAAGCAGAAAAAUCUGAUAAGUUUGAAUCAAAUGAUAAGAAGAGGAAACUAAAAGAGUGGCGCGAGGAACAGGCUUGCCAGGAAAUUUCAGUGAGCGGUGAACAGGCUGCUGGCAGCAGGCCUAUUUUGAAACAAUCUUUGAUUGACAGCGAGUUGAGAAGGCACAAGAAGGUCAAGGUGGCAAAAUCUGAGGGGAAGUCCCGUGCAAUUGUUGGGGGUGGAAAUUUUGAAAUGAAAGGUUGUUCAACAAGAAUUGGAUUAUCUAGUAACAGGAAACAUCCUACUGCUAUAAAUGUUAACGAGGGUUUGCGACCUUCGGCAGAUGAGCAAAUGGCACAUUACAAAGAGAAUGCAAUGUCAGGACAGACUUUGGAUUGUGUUGAUAGCUUGAAGCGGGAUGUGACCAAUGUGAGGUUUUUAGCAGCAGCUACUUCAAGUUCUUCCAAGGUAUCAGGAUCCCAAAAGGGUAAAGUCAAUUUACUGGAAGCAAGAGGAUCACCAGUAGAGUCUGUUUCUUCAUCUCCAAUGAGGAUUUUAAACAACGAGAAUAACUUUUCCAGAAGAAACUCAUCUAUAAAAGAUACUGUCAUCUCUAUGGUUUACUCCGGGACGGGCAGUCCAAAAAGAUUUUCUGAUGGUGAGUUGGAUGGCUCUAGUGAUCAAUCAGGCACAAGAGCCAAGGAUCAAGCUUCUAAUGAUUGUCUUAGAUCUUCAGGAAUUUACAGAUCUUCGGAGUCUGGAGCUCUUGAUUCUUUGAAAGGGUCUCAUGAUUAUCAGGAUAUAGAAACAAAUUGUUUACCUGGUGUUAAAUCCAUCGAUGGCAAGUAUUCCGAAGUUGUUAAACAUGAUGACAUCAGUUCUACUGAUCCAUGUGAAGCAAAAGUUGUUUUUGUUAAUGGCAAUGUACCCCAUCAUCCUGAAAAAUAUCAUUUAGAACAGUCAGAUAAUAACCAUAUAUGUGAUGAAGAUCAACAUUGUACAUCUGGUGUUAAAAAUUCUCUUAAGAAUUCUUCACAUAUGAAAGAGAAAAGGAGAAAUUUGAACAACGGCUCUGAUAAGGGCAAACUUAAAGUACUUAGUUGCAGUACUGAGCAGAAGGAUUUCCAGUCUGUGAGAACUUGUAACACCGGUCCUGCUGAUGCUGAUUUUGAUCACUUGAAUUCUAUAAAAAAUGAGAAUAUGGAAAACCAUUCUAAGAAGCAGAAAAAUCAUGACUUGAGAGAUGCUAUUGGAGGUGUAAGCCGAACCAAACUGGCACCACAGCAAAUUCUUCAGAAGUCAUCUUCUCAUGAGAGAGAGGCAACUGGUCAGUCGACAGUGGGUAUUGGGAAAGGAAUGCAUUCAUCUAGCACAACUAAAGAUAAACUUGAAAAAAAGGUUGGGGGUCCCCCAAAAGCUCCGGAUUCUGUUAAAGGGGCCAAUUUAGAACAAUAUUCUGUCGAUGCAGAAAAUAAUGAGAUAUUAAAGUCAACAAAACAAUUAAAAAACAAUGAUGAACAGAAUGGAACUCUUCCCAAUCUGUUGCGGCAAUCCGCAACUAGUGUGCCUGGGUCAUCAAGUCCAAUGAAGAAGGAUGGCCAUUCUAGCGUAAAUGCUUUAAUAAAAGAGGCUCGUGAUUUAAAGCACACUGCUCAUCGCUUAAAGAGUGUAGGCUUGGAAGAUGAAAGCAGUGGCAUUUUUUUUGAGUCUGCCCUGAAAUUUCUAUUUGCCGCUUCUCUUCUGGAACCUUCUAAUGCAGACAAUGCCAGACAAGGGGAGCUGGUUCCAUCCAAUCAAAUGAUGAUGAUGUAUUAUGAAACUGCCAAGUUUUGCGAAUUUUGUGCAUAUGAGUUUGAAAGAUUGAAACAAAUGGUUGCUUCUGCUUUAGCAUACAAGUGUGCGGAAGUGGCUUAUUUGAAGGUUGCAUAUUACAAACAUCCCAGUGCCAGUAAAGAUCGGCUUGAGCUGCAAGUUGCUCUGGAUGCACCGCUAAUUGGUGAGUCACCAUCGUCCUCUGCUUCUGAUAUUGAUAACUUAAAUAAUCAUGGUGGGCUUGAUAAGGUUGUUUCAGUGAGGCCAAUCAGUUCCCCUCAAAUUCCUAGCAAUCAUGCUAUAGCUUCCCGGAAUCGUCCCCAUGUUAUGCGACUGCUCACCUAUACAAAUUAUUUAAAUUGUGCUUUUGAAGCCACCAAAAAAUCACAGAAUGCAAUUGCAGCUGCUAGUACUGACCUGGGAAAGAAUGGUAUUGAAGCGUGCUCUGCCAGUAGAGUCCUUGAUUUUAACUUCCACAAUGUUGAAGGACUAUUGCGGCUUGUGCGAUUAUCAAUGAAUUCCAUUGGCCAUUGACUGAAUAGGUGCAUGGCACGUCACUAGACAAUAUUGUUUGGUGUUCUCUGUUUUUCAGCACAAAUUUCUUUUGGUGAAUGUGAACAUUUGGUUGGUGGCUCACCAACUGGUAGCAAGCUCCUUGCACAUAAAAUGGAUUUGAGGGAAAACUUGUAUGUGCUGCUGAAUUGUUUGACAACUUUGUAAAGUGUGUUUUUGCGUCCUAAGAUAUUUCAAUUGGACUGAUCCAUCUGCAGUAAAAUUGAUGUAUUCAUCAGGAGUUUGGAUUUUAUUGAGCUUUGCGUUGAAGGAUGGCUAAAAUGUCUGCUAACUUGGCUUGUUCAGUAUUUGGGCUUUUGAGAAAUUUUUUUAUUACCCAGCAUUCAAGAAGAAGAGGUGCAAAAUGUCUUUUGCAUUUAUUGCAAUUUAUUUUGCCAUUGCCUUACUUGAUCAAAGAGGACCUGUUACAUCACAACUGUAGAUACAAAUAUAUAUUCAUUGACUCAAUUUGUGACUGCACAUGAUCGAUCUAUUGGCUCCUUCCUAAUAAGGAUCAUGAUGACCAUUUUGUGAUGUUUCGAUUGGAAUAAUGGUU